GGCAAUGCUUCAAGCAGCUCUAUUGCCGGUGACAGCAAGGCUUCUCGUCGCAGCACUGGAACUCGUGGUACCAAAGCUCGAGAAGAGAAACGCAAGGUUGGAGGUAGUGGUGGAGCUGAAGCUGGUGGAGAUGAGUAUGCAAAGAAGACCCUCUGA